GAAGAAUGUUUUAAGCAAGCUCUUUCCCCUUCAAUUCGUCAUGCUUAAGGCCAGGAAAUACUUACCUUCUACCUACAUCCUCGGAUGAUUCAUUCUUUGGUCGUAUCAGUUCUCAUCUCCCCUCGCCAUCUCACACACAACUCUCCACGUCCAGACCACCGCCAGGCCAGGCCACACCAUCACAAUGCUGGCACGCUCAGCAUGGACCUGGAUCAUCCUCUUUACAGGAUGGGCUAGCAUUGUCGCAAGCAAGAGCCCUGCAGCCGUCUACGAAAUGAUCUUCUCCUACCACAUUUACAACAUUGCCUGGCAGUAUCGGGGUGCAGACCAGGAGUACAUCUACCGUCUCCUCGACCCUGUAAAAGACGACGAGCUAUUCAACAUGUCUUAUAGGAAAAAAGGGCAUCGAGGAAGCCUAGCCCAUGGCCAGAUGGACUGGAAAGAGUUUUGCCUAGCUUGGUUCAAAGACGACACGUUGGGCCCUGAACAUAUCCCAGAGCUGGAUCCGCAAGAUCUCAGGAAAACGGCCGCUGAGCUGAAGAAGGUCCGCGAUCUGGAAAUGGUGAAGACAAAAUUAGCAGCAGGCAAGAAGCAAGAUGUCGCGUAUCACGAACUGCUCCGAAGUUGGAGAAAAAUGAUCGAAGAAGCUCAAGCACAUCUUGGUGACUCCAAAAUCGCGACUGAUCUCAAAAGCAUAGCCCUUGCGACCGGAAGAGCUGGGGAAGUUCGAAAUUACGAGUUUUGGCAGAUGAAAUAUUUCGGUGAAGACAUGAGAAGGCAGCUCCCUGGAAUCAAGCUCAAAAGCCGGAUAGUCAGCAUCCCGGAGUUUGGAGCAACAUACAGAGUAUUUGAUUUCCGGGCAACUAUGACGGACCCCAAUAAUAAGGCCAAGAUGCCAAAAGCCCUUGGGUUAAGCGAGUCCUCGCCCUGGGUGAUGAAGUACUUAGAGAAGAUAUCGGAGUAUGGGGUGACGGCAUUCGGACCAAAAACUCGCAAACAGAGAGAGCUCAACCGGAAAUCAGCCUCCCACCGCAGAGUCUUGAUGGCUGUGAAUGAAUUCGACCGGAUUGCAAAUGGUUUGGAUCAUUAUUGCAAGGAGCAGUAGUCGCUGACAGGAUGCAGGAGAGAUAGCGAUCAAAUCAUAGGAGCGGUAUCUGAAGGCGGGACACUAGGUGCGUGUAGAGGCAUAUCGCUCGAGUGAAGGGAACGAGGAAGGGCAUGUAUCCGUAACGGAAGUACAUUAGGUAGAUACAGAGCGUAGCUGCAGCGCUCCCAGGUUUUGACACGAAUGGAUUUCAGUUCCUUCCGAAGCAAGCA